GCGGGUCGCCAUUAAAUCUGCUGGGCAGGCAAGUCCAGGGAAGCCAAACGCUUCCUGUAAGACCCGUUAUGUCCGACAAAGAGAGAAAGGAGAUCGAAGCCUUCUUCGCUUUCUUUGCAACGUUCGACCUCGGCCGUCAAGUCUCCACGGCCACCGACCUCGGCGAUGGCGCGGUAUUAUUCGAAGUCCUCACCCUCGUCGACGCUAACUACUUCUGCCAACCUACACGGGCCUCCCCUCAACCCCCAGAAAAUUGGGUGCUCCGCUUCAGUGCACUGAAGCGGCUCUACCGUCUCCUGACCCAGUACUUUGAAGACGUGUUACAGAAACCGACUUGUUCACUUGAUGUGCCGAACCUUCAGGCUGCUGCAAAAGACUCCAAUGUCAGUGCGCUCCUCAUCAUGUGCCGUAUGACCCUUGCCGUGGCCGUCCAGUGCGAGAAAAACCGAGAGAUCAUCGAGCACAUACAACGUCUUGAUGAGGAUACGCAACAUCACCUGAUGAAAGCUAUCGAGCAGGUUAUGGUGAAAAUUAGCACGUCUCCUGAUGACAGCAGCAGCGGUGCAGCCAGCAUGACCGAAGAUGACCACUAUUAUCGCAUUCAAUCCGAGCGUAGCCAGAUCCUUGCAGAGAAGGAAAAUAUCGAGAAGGUCUAUGCAACCCUUCUCGAAGAACACCGCACCUUACAAACGAAUUUCGACGAUGUCGUCUCAGAGAAAGAAGAUGCACUUUCCCGGCUCCGCGAAUCUCACCACGAUGUCGAAAAUAAACACAAUGAUAAAGCAGAUGCUUACAUGCGUGCCGAGAUCGACAGAUUAAGGGCAGAACUGCAAAAGAGCGAAGAUAACCUUGCCAUGGCAGAGACCGAAGUGGACAAGCAAACUUCGUUGGUUACAGAACUUACACGGAAGGUCGGCGAGCUUCAGCUCCAAGCCGAUCAGGCAGCGCGCCUCAAAGACCAGUUGGACGAAUACCGACAUGCCGCUGACAGGCUCCAGAAGACCGAAAAUGUCAUGGAGAAAUAUAAGAAAAAACUCCAAGAAAGUGCAGACCUCCGCACGCACGUCAAGUCCCUAGAACGACAGAAUGCCGACCUGGUCGACAAGAACGCUUCCCUUGAAGAGGAAUACCGCAAGGUUGCCGCUUUCAAACCACUGAUGGAGUCCUAUAAGAACCAGAUUUCCGAGCUUGAGGCUAAAGUCGCUGGACGCGCUCAGGAAGUGGAGACAAUUAAAUUCGAGUUGGAACAAAUGCGGACCAAGUUAAAGAUUACUUCCGAAGAGCGUGCGAAGGACUCGGAGAUGCUAGAGCUGUACCAAGAGCGUUUGCGGGAGUUAGAGCUUCUCUCACACCGCACACCCACAGUAGCGAACGGUGGUGAUCAUGAAGAAGAGCCCAGCCGAAGUACAGACGUCCUCACAGAGGACGAACUGUUCAUCAACGAGAAGUCCCUCGCGUUAGAUGAAGAACUCGGCGAUGCCAUUGCUGGAACCACGAUGACGGAUCUCAAACUUCAGGUUAGGAAACUCCAACGGGAGCUUCAAGGAGUUAAGAGGAAUGAGGCCGAUGCAAGCCGGAUUUUGGUUUUAGAAAACCUGCUGGAUGACUCUAACCGCAUGAAAUCUCGCUACGAAGCUGACUAUCUUGCUGCUCAUAGAGAGAAGCUUAUCUUGCAGCGCGACCUCGAAGAGAUUCGCAGUGGGAAGGCUUUGGGCGAUGGUGCGGAAGCAGCUAUAGCGCUUCGACAACGUUUGAAUGAGUUGGUAGACCAGCUGGAUGUGUUACAGAAGGACCAUGAAGAGUUGAAAGUUUCGUUCGAAACGCAGCAACGAGAGCUGACCAUUGCAAAGUCGGACCUUAAUCUCGUCAACAAAGACCAAGUUGACAUUCUAGCUUCGUUAAGGGAGUCUGUAAACGAAGACAAAGCAGCACUUGAGGCAGAGGCAGAACGUUUGAGGAAGCAAAUCAAAGAACUCGGCGAGAAGAACCGUCUGCAACUAGAGCAAGUUAAUACCCUACUGCUGGAGAAGGUAAACCUUCAGAGCGAAGGUAUCGGACAGCGAGAAAAAAUGCUCCAACGUGAGCGGGCUUUCAUGGAUUUACGUGCUUCAAUUUCUGGGAGGGAUGUUCCUGAAGACGUUAAGGCUCGAUUACUUGCACUACACGAAGACAAUCAGAAUGUCAAGGAACAGUUGAAGACCACUCAAGAGAAGCUCGCAAAAGCUAAACAGUUCAUCAAAUCUCAGGAUAAACUAUUUAAAGAGGAGCAAGCAAAACUUGCAUCAGCUUCUUCGAACUAUUCGGAAGAUGGAGAAGGAAGCUUGCAAACACAGGUGAAGAACCUCAAAGAGGAGCUCACUCGUCUCAGGUCCCAGUGUAUCGAACAAGAGAAACAAUAUAUGUUCGAAUUUUCACAAAUGUCGGCAGUUGUCAUCAACAGCGGGAUGUUCCGAUUUCGGAGCACACCUACUCAAGGUCGUCCGGCGCCAACCGCCUGGUUGGGUCAACAGCGGAAGAAUCUUGGUCGCGCUCUCCAACGUUAGCGGAUCGAAGAUAGUGUAUGUGGAAUAGCUUUUGAGUGGGAUGGAUACCCAAGACUCGCUUCACUUAAUUUGCAUCUAGCGUAUUCGUACUUGCAUCAAUAUAAUUUGAUACCAGGAUUUCAUGGAUCCGAACCAUCUGUAUCAUGGCCUCUGCUACAGACUGUAGAUGGCAGUCACUACGAAUGCAACCGGAGUCUAUUGUAUCCACAAG